UUGCUAUUUAGAUAUUCGAAAAAAAGCUUAUCAUUUGCUCUAAGUUCUUUUCUCAGGAGUCACCACUGUCCUAUUUGCAAAAUGUGUGUUCUUCGAAAGGACCACCACUGUUUUAUUACUGGCGCUUGCGUUGGACUUGGAAAUCAACGGUAUUUCAUCACUUUUUUGUUUUGGUGCUUCGUUGGGCUACUAACCUCUAUGCUUGGAUUUCUCUACUGUGUUGGACCUAUUGCUGUUGUUCGUUGGAUUGUCGGGUUAACGAACUUUCUUCAUGCAUUCAUCUGUACGAUAUUUUCAUUCAUUCUUGUCAGUGUAGUCGCAUCUGGUGUAUGUGUAUGUGGCUGUGUUUGUGUCUGUGCAUAUAACUGUGUUCUUUGUUUCAUUGAAAUCAGAUACAUCAGCGCGACAAUCGGAGAGCGAUUCCGUUUGAUAUUUGGCCGUUACUGGAUCGUAAAUUUCUUAUUCCCACUUUUCUGGAAUCCUCAGCUCCUUACUGCUGAAAUCGCUACCAAUUUGUUUCGUGUUAGAAGCAAGCAACUCUAA